GCCAACCCUGCUCCCAUUAUUGUGAACACAGACUCGCUGGAACAAGGGCUCUCUGUGAACGGCAGCGAUGGGAUGUUCAAAUAUGAGGAGAUCGUCUUGGAAAGAGGUAACUCGGGCCUCGGCUUUAGCAUAGCAGGAGGAAUCGACAAUCCCCACAUUCCAGAUGAUCCAGGUAUCUUCAUCACCAAAAUCAUCCCCGGGGGAGCGGCAGCCAUGGACGGCCGUCUGGGGGUGAACGACUGCGUGCUGCGGGUAAACGACGUGGAUGUCUCCGAGGUGGUGCACAGCAAAGCCGUGGAGGCCCUGAAGGAAGCGGGUCCCGUGGUGCGGCUUGUGGUGGGGCGCCGGCAGCCCCCACCAGAGACCAUCAUGGAGGUCAACCUGAUGAAGGGCCCCAAAGGCCUGGGGUUCAGCAUCGCAGGGGGCAUCGGGAACCAGCACAUCCCCGGGGACAACAGCAUCUACAUCACCAAGAUCAUCGAGGGAGGCGCUGCCCAGAAGGACGGGCGCCUGCAGAUUGGGGACCGGCUGCUCGCGGUGAAUAACACGAACCUGCAGGACGUGCGGCACGAGGAGGCGGUGGCCGCCCUGAAGAACACCUCUGACAUGGUGUACCUGAAAGUGGCCAAGCCUGGCAACAUCCACCUCAACGACAUGUACGCGCCCCCCGACUACGCCAGCACCUUCUCAGCCUUGGCUGACAACCACAUAAGCCAUAACUCCAGGCUACCUGGGCUGGGCAGCGUUGAGAGCAAGCCUGCCUACCCUGUCCCUCCCCAGGUGACUCCAUCCCGGUACUCGCCCAUCCCUCGGCACAUGAUCGGGGACGAGGACUUCACCAGGGAGCCCCGGAAAAUCAUCCUGCACAAAGGCUCCACUGGCCUGGGCUUCAACAUCGUCGGGGGGGAAGAUGGUGAGGGGAUCUUCGUGUCUUUCAUCCUGGCCGGAGGCCCUGCUGACCUCAGCGGGGAGCUGCGGAGG